AUGAGAACCCAUAAAGAAAGAAGGUCGGGAAGGGAUAAAGCUAUAUACGUUGAGGGUUUCGAUUAUACAGUUUGUCUAGAUGCAGAAAAAGACGAUGAUCAUUGCGAAAUGAUGAUAAAAAAAAUUGAUUCUGAUGACAAAGCAACUAUAACGGAUAAUACACCAUCUAGAUUACAUUCAACGUGGAUAUCGCAAGAAUGCGAAAUACGAGCUGGUCCGAAGUAUAUUAUAAGGAAGUACAGUUUUUUUAAAAACAACUCGUUUCUUUUAUUGCAAUAUUAUUAUGACGAAGAGUCGUGCAGUAUCGCAACGUAUACGGUUGUAGCGCGUGGUUCUGUCAAAAUUUUAUCCCCGUCUGUCAUAAUCCCUGGUGCUACGGAAACUAAUGUACAACUGGACUCGGUUCACUUGAUACCACUUAAUAGACAGGUCGCUCAUAAAUUUGGGCGGAUAAUGAAUGCAAGUUGUGGCGGUAUCGAAACGAAAUGGCGUCCAUACCUAGCGCAACUCAUCUACGAACGAUCUAUAGACUUCUCAUCGAACAUGAGCUUAUAUAUGCACGAUUUGAACUCCAAUUCUCUUCAAAGUCGGUUAGUGCGACUGAGGAAACCACGUACAAUGGAUUGUCUGGAAUCGUACGAAAUCGACUUUACGGAACUAAAGUUAUUCCGAGUUGAAAUAAAACGAUCUAAUUUUGUCACAGAGAUGUCGAGGAGUAACGUGGUUAAUGCAGAUAAAACAGUCGAAAGAAUCGAAUUGUUACUCGGUGGUCUUGCUAAAAAUCUAUAUUCGCAAAGAACGCAACCGAGGCCAAGUCGUUUACAAUCCACAUCAUUAUUACGCGCCGAUACGGCUGUGAACUGUCCGAUUUGUGGAAGCGUUUAUCGCGCCACCGAAUAUAGUCCACCCUUGUUUCAUCAGGUACCGUCACUUCCGGCAGUAAUCGACGGUUUUUGGUUUAGCGUUAGGUGUGAAAGCGUUGACGGAGGAUUUUGGUCCAGAAGAUUCUUCCGAAUUUAUUCGGACAAUAGCAAGUGGUUUGCUCGAUGGACUUAUUAUGCUGAUUCUACGUGCGCCAAUUCCUUGUAUACGAUUAACACAGCUGGAACUUACGUACAACGAGCCGUUAGACGAGUACGCAAUGUUGAAAAUUCAUACGCAAAGAUGUUCGAUAACGACAUUCGACUGAAUAGAAUGCAAAAAAGUUUAGAAUUGAACGUUUACCGACACUUUUUCCAAGAUACCGAAGAAUCGAUCCUAUCGCGAUCAAAUCGAAGGCAAAAACUGAAGAUGAACCAACAGGAAUUCACUAGUCGAAUUAAUCGUUUUGAGAUGCAGAAAAGUGGUACAUUACCUACUGGAACGACAGAGUUGGAACUACGAAUUCUUGAAAGCCUGUUAAUUCCUGUUGGCAAAAUAGUGCCGACCAGUUGCAAAGGGAUUACGAAAGGAAUAAGAGAAAUUCGACGUAUAAGAAGAAACGAAGCGAAUUUGUGGUCGAACAAUUGCAUACUUCGAACCAUCGAGGCUCCUACUACUUUGAAAUUCAAAGCAAGAAUUGGGCUUGACUGGAAAGGGGAUUACACUUUGCUUUUGGGUUCAUGGAAAGACGAUCUUUGGGAAGCCCCUCUUCGUCGAUGUCCCGAGACAACUUUGCAAAAUCAUUUUCGCAAGUCCUGGCACGGAUACUUGCCAUUUUUUCGACGGAGCAAUCGAUACGAUCGAUUCAGUCGAUAUAGACGGCAUUGGUUCUCUUCUUCGUUUGCUAUAUGCCUUUCGUCGAGUUCCUCGCUUAUACAUUCUACGAUUUUACUUCUCUUGUAUUGGUUACAUCUCGUUCGUUGA